AUGCCGGCACCUCCAAGGUGCACUUCUCCCGCGUCGCAGAACGGUUUAGUCGAUACAUCGCAUGGUCUCUUCCAAAACGAGUCCAAUCUCGUUUACUCCCCGAAGAUAUCCUCCACUACCAUCAUUCCUGUGGCCUAUUAUCGAACCUGGAUCCGGAUCAGCAUCAGCGAGUACGCAAUGCCGGCCGGUCUUGCUCUGCAGUUGUUUUUCCCAGCCAUCCAGGAACAGUUAAGUGAGCUAAGAGGGUUCAUCGGACAGGCAUAG